GUUUACGCUGACCACUCUCUGAUCCGCCAUCUUGGAUUUUGUCGGUCGCACUAGGGAGCAUAAAUUAUCGUUUGUACAUAGCAUGGCGUACAGACUUUGUGCUGUAUUACGGACUGCCCGACCCUUAACUAGACUAACAGGACCAGCUAUCUACACCAACCGAGCAAGCCUCAGCCUUGUUCGUGCAAUGGCUACACGUAUUGAGACCGACAGCUUUGGGGAGAUUGAGGUUCCCUCUGAGAAGUACUAUGGAGCUCAGACAGCAAGAUCAAAGCACAACUUCCCUAUUGGAGAUGAGAGUGAGAAAAUGCCGUUCCCAGUGAUCAGAGCUUUUGGGUAUCUAAAGAAGGCGGCUGCCGAGGUGAACAAAGAGUUUGGUUUGGAUGGGCCUGUGGCUGACAACAUCAUGAGAGCAGCAGAUGAGGUGAUAAGUGGCAAGCUGAAGGAUCAUUUCCCGCUGGUCGUAUGGCAGACAGGCUCAGGGACUCAAUCCAACAUGAAUGUCAAUGAGGUGAUCAGCAACAGAGCCAUAGAGCUGAUGGGAGGUGAGAUGGGCUCCAAGAAACCUGUUCAUCCAAACGACCAUGUCAACAAGAGUCAGAGUUCCAAUGACACAUUCCCAACUGCCAUGCAUGUGGCUUGUGCAAUUGAAGUUCACGAGCGACUGUUGCCAGGGCUGAAAAAACUUCAUGGUGCUCUAGAUGCCAAGGCCAAAGAGUUCAAAGACAUCAUCAAGAUUGGACGGACACACACCCAGGAUGCCACGCCUCUUACCCUAGGCCAAGAGUUUAGUGGUUAUGUGAAGCAGAUUGAAAAUGGCAUUGCUCGAGUGCAAGUGUGCAUGCCGAGGGUGUAUGAGCUGGCUAUUGGAGGGACUGCAGUAGGAACAGGACUCAAUACCCGUAUUGGAUUUGCUGAAAAAGUCUCAGCCAAAAUUGCAGAGUACACUAAGCUUCCCUUCACCAGUAAUCCUAACAAGUUUGAAGGUCUAGCAGCACAUGAUGCCAUGGUUGAACUGCAUGGAGCUCUGAAUGUCAUUGCAUGCAGCCUUAUGAAGAUUGCAAAUGAUGUGAGGUUCCUGGGAUCAGGUCCAAGAUGUGGCCUGGGAGAGCUCCAGCUCCCAGAAAAUGAACCAGGGAGUAGUAUUAUGCCAGGGAAAGUCAAUCCAACCCAGUGUGAGGCAAUCACCAUGGUAGCCGCCCAAGUGAUUGGCAACCAGACCGCUGUCUCUGUCGGUGGGAGCAAUGGUCACUUUGAGCUGAACGUGUUCAAGCCCAUGAUAGUUAGAAAUGUACUCCAGUCCACAAGACUAAUAGGUGACGCAUGUGUUGCAUUCACGGAUAACUGUGUAAAUGGCAUCAUCGCCAACCGAGAUCGCAUCAGUGCUCUCUUGCAUGAGUCCCUCAUGUUGGUAACAGCUCUCAAUCCACAUGUGGGCUAUGAUAAUGCAGCUAAGAUUGCAAAGAAAGCACACAAGGAGGGCACAACCUUAAAGGAAGCAGCUAUCAGCCUUGGCCUCCUCACUAGUGAGCAGUUUGAUGAGUGGGUGCGGCCGGAGGAUAUGCUAGGUCCCAAGUAAGGCAGAGAAAUGGCGAAAAGAGAGCAUUUAAAGCAGUUACUUGUCUUUAAACAUGACCAUGUACAGUGCCAUGCCAAGUGAAAGCACUUUGUACAGAGAGCUACCAAGUAGUUAGAAUGUAAACAUGUUGGUCAGUGGAGUGUAAGAGUAAAUUUUAAUAAAUAAUAAAACAUAACUUUAAUACAUCA